AUGGCUGAAGAUCUCAAUAGAUUGGUACGAGAAGCAUGUUCAUUAGACGGUGAAAUAGCGUCCGGCAGGACGUUAGAAGAUAUUGUCUCUUCUUACGAGGAUGGUCCCACUUUAAGUAGUCAGAUUACAGAUCCUGCGAACGCAGGGGACUUUCGGCUUAACUUUAUUUCCACUCACGAGCAGUACUGUACUGUCAACGGAAUAAAAGUUCGUGUUUGCCACAAUCUUAGCACAGCCAACGGUAAAACACUUUCUAUAUUUAUUCAUGGACUUGGCGGUUCUUUGGACCAGUUUUUCCCACUACUCAAGUUACUGGACUUAUCUGAGAAGUAUUUUGUAGCUAUCGAUCUGCCAGGGUUUGGGAAAAGCGAUGAGCACACAGAUUACCCCAUGAUACAGGUAGUAAAGCAUAUUGAUGCAGUAAUUUCUGAACUACUGAACGAAGCUCGCCUGGCGUUUGACACAGUUCGUUUAAUUGGUCAUUCUAUGGGGUGCUACCUUACUUUACACUUUAUGACCCUUUUCUCCAAAAAAUACAGAAUUGGGAAAGUGGUGCUACUGGCUCCCCCUAAACCCGAAAUGAUAGAACUGAACAAGGAUAAAAGGCUUGUCCAAGUUGCCCUUAAUGUUCUGUUUAGAGUUCCAUGGGUCUUUUCAUAUUACAGAACAUGGUUUGAUCAAAGAAAGGGACUACAAAGUUCAGGUAUUCAACAAUUUUUUCGCCAGAGUGAAUCGGAAGAUUCGAUUACAUCACAUUAUUGGAAGUUAUUUCAGUUUUCUAACAAUGUCCAAAUCAAAAGCAGGACAAUAGUAGGCUACUUACUCGGAUGGGAACCUUUGAAUUGGGAGGAGAUUAGGAAGACAAUAGUUUUCAAUGAUGUUUCCAUCUACAUUUUCUCUGGAGAGAUGGAUAAAGUCACCCCGAUCGAUAGUUGUAAGACUGUAAGAGAUGCUUUCGGAAAAGAUUGCAAGGUCGACUUUAUUCAACUGCCAAAUUGUGCACAUAACAUAUGCUUUGAUUCCCCAGAACAAUCCACUAAAGCCUUUUUAGACUCGAACGUUACUGAAUAG